AUGCCAGCGCCACCAGCAACCACGGCCACCGUGACCAAUCACCCAGGAUCGACUGCCGACGAGAUCUUACAGGAACCAGAAUGGGGUUCAGGGCAUCAACAUCGCAUUGGCUUUCUUAAUCGCAGUGGACGAGUCGCUGGCUUCACGCACGAUGGAGAUCACGACGAAGAAGACCAUGCGUUUGUGGAGGAAGCGCAGCGCAAGCAUCGGCAGCUGAGGGCCGAGAAAGGUCGAGGUGACUUAGUCAACUUCAAGGAUAUCAUGAAGGGUCAGACCGACUACCAUCAGCACCGCCCAGAAGUGUAUCCACCGGGCUGGCGCUUCGUAGUCCGUGCAACGGAAGAUGAGAUCAAGCAGAACAAGGAGUGGCCAGCCAACAUCAAGAAACGUGAGAAGGAAGAUGCUCAGAAGAAGCAGCAAGCCGGGAGCGCUGAGCAGAAUGGCAAGCAGAAUGAUGACCACGCCAGUGCCAAGCAGAACGAGAACAAUGCCAGUGGAGAUGCGAGCGAAGACCCUGAGCACGACUGGCGGCGCGGAGCGGGCCACGAGGAGACCAAGCAUCAUGACGCCUACGGCAGCAAGCCCAAGAACGGAGACGAAAAGACAAAUGGGCACGAGACAGAGUAUCAGAAACUUCUCAAAAAGUAUACGCCACAAGAGAUCACUUUACUUCGCCAUCUCCAGCACGAAGCACAGCACCAGCAGAGCUUGAAGCAGAACCCUGGCACAUUGUUGUCUCCCAUGAGCCAUAAGCUCGUCCAACCAGAGACUUCAAUCGACGCUGUGGACGCGCAGACUCCAGACAACUGGAUCGCUCGGUCUUCGCACCUCAUCCGACGGACAGGCCAACACCCGCUAAAUGCGGAGUGUGAGCUGUCUGCACUGUAUGAUGCGGGCCUCAUCACACCCAAUCGCUUCCACUACGUUCGAAAUCACGGAGCUGUUCCGCGACUGUAUUGGGAAGAGCACAUUCUCGACGUGUGCGAUGGUGCACUGCGACUUCAGAUGGAAGACCUGCGGGGCGGGAAAUGGGAGAGCGUCAACAUUCCUGUUCUGAUUGCUUGCGAUGGCAAUCGAAGGGGCGAACUCAACCGCAUCCGCAAGAGCAAAGGCUUCGACUGGGGUCCUGGCGCCAUCGGCUGCGCGUACUGGCGAGGUGUGCGAGUUGCCGACGUCCUGAAAAGCGCCGGAGUCGUUAUAAAGCCAGGUCACGGCCGGCGAUGGGUCAAUUUCGCUGGCGCCGAUGAUCCUAGCGAGGGCAAGUACGAGACCUGCUUUCCCCUUGAGUUCAUUAUGGACCCGACCAACGAUGUGCUGCUGGCGUAUGAGAUGAAUGAUCAGCCUCUGCCGCCUGAUCAUGGCUUUCCGGUCAGGCUGGUGGUCCCUGGCUAUGUUGGAGGCAGAUCGGUCAAGUGGCUCGCGAAGAUCUGGGUCAGCGAUGAGGAGAACGACAGCUACUAUCAUAUCUGGGACAAUCGAGUCCUUCCAAGUUUCAUCACUGAGAAGGAUGGCGAAUUUGCUCAGACCAUGUACAAUCACCCGAGUACCGCCUGUGACGAGCAGAACCUGAACAGCAUCAUCGUCAAGCCGGCACAAGGACAAGAACUCGAAAUUGCCGAAGUCCUCAAGGAAGACACCUAUAGAGUGACUGGAUUCGCGUAUGACGGAGGUGGCCAUGAGGUUCAACGGGUAGAGCUGAGUCUUGAUGGUGGUGAGACGUGGCUUUACUGUCUCAGAGAGUUUCCCGACAGCCCAAUUAGGCACGGUAAGAAGUUCUGGACAUGGUUAUACUGGUAUAUCGACAUUGAUUCGACGCACUUCUUGAGAGCAGAAAGCCUGAGUGUUCGAUGCUUCAACGUGUUCAAAAAUACCCAGCCAAGGGAAGGCGCCUGGAAUCUCAUGGGAAUGAUGAAUAACGGCUGGUACACGGUGAAGCCGAUGACAUCAGCCUCAGGAAAGCUCCUCAUGCAGCACCCAUACGACCAGACUGGUGACUCCGGUGGCGGGUGGAUGAAACAGUCCACGAUUAACCAGCUAGCAGCAGUGAAACAGGACAGCGGCGUGCCCAGUAAGCAAUUCACCCGAGAAGAGAUUGAGAAACAUCGCACGAAGGACGACUGCUGGCUUGUCAUCAACGGCAACGUCUACGACACGACGUCGGUGCUGUCUUGGCAUCCAGGUGGGACGUCGGCCAUCCUCGCCAACGCAGGUCGACUGAGCUUGGAAGUGACCAGCCAAUUCGAGAGCGUCCACGAUGACUACGCAUACAAGAAGCUGGCCGAAUGUGCGAUCGGGACUGUCACUGACAAAGCGCGCAACUUCAUGCAGGAGCAGGCGAAAGCUGAAGCAAAGGCAGCAGCGGAGAGCGGAGGUGACAAAGUCAUGCUGAACAGCAAGCGAUGGAAGCAAGUAACUUUGAUCGACAAGAAGCAGCUUUCAGACGACACGUUUGCAUACACCUUCCGCUUCCGAGAUGCUCAAGAGUCCAAGAAGCUCGGCUUGAGUACCUGUCAGCACAUUCAAUUCGGCAUACAUAUGCUCGACAAGAUGCUCAUUCGAUCGUACACACCCACCAGGCCGGUCGUCGAAAGUGAAGUAGGCAACGGCACGUUCGAGCUCACGGUCAAGACGUACUUCCCCGACGAGAAUCAGCCUGGGGGUGCCUUUAGCAACUUUCUACACGAGCUGCCUGUUGGCGAGCAGGUCGAUGUAUGCGGACCAACAGGCGAGAUCACCUACCUAGGCAACAGCGUCUUCAACAUCGAAGGUAAGGAGCGUCGCUUCAAGAAAGUCAGUCUCGUGCUGGGUGGCAGCGGUCUGACCCCGGGCUAUGCGCUGCUCAAACGUAUUGCGGAGGACGCCAACGAUGCGACACAGGUGAGAGUCAUCGAUGCCAAUAAGACUGAGGACGAUAUCCUGCUGCGCAGUGAGCUGGAGAGGUUGGUUAAGGAGAGUCGUCAUCAGCUACAGAUCACGCAUGUGCUUAGCCACCCGAAGCGGAAGGACGAUUGGGAGGACAAGGGAGGGCUGUCUGGACAUGUUGACGCUGGUGUAAUCAAGGAUAAGCUCUUCGCACCGAGCAAGGACUCCGUGGCGUUGCUGUGUGGUCCACCGGGACUGAUUCAGAAGGCAGCGUUGCCGGCUUUGAAAGAAUGGGGAUACGAGGAGGAUGACAAUUGUUUCGGAUUCUAA